AUGAAUGUUAUGUGUGACAAUGGGAUUAAAGUAGAUGAAAACUAUGACGUUCAGUGGGGUUCCAAGGACGAUGUUGACUUGGCGGUUGUGUUGGCCUCCGGGACAGAGAAGGAGAUGAGAACCCAGUUAAAGUCCGCCACGGACUCUUCUUCUACAUCUACCUUAGCAAUGUCUAUAAAGAGGCCUAGAAAAAAACCUGAGAAGACUGCAAGUGGAAACCCAAUGGCGAAAGUCAUCAGAGUGGCAUCGCCACCAGGGUUUUAUCCGUCAGUUUCGGCAGAGAUUACAAAUCAGACUGUAACUAUCGCAACAACAAGCAGUUCUGUUAGACCUGUUACACGUUCUACUACAAGUUUCACCACUAGCGCACUCACAACCACGCCUUCCACCAUCAUACUUACAACAUCUGCUGCACCUACCACAACCAGUUCUACCACACCUGCAACAACACCGGCAGCGCACUACAACACUGAGCCAGCCACACCAGUCACAACAACAGUCACGCACUACAACACUGAGUCAAACACAACCAGUUCUACCACACCUGCAACAACACCGGCAGCGUACUACAACACUGAGUCAGCCACACCAGUCACAACAACCGUCACCCACUACAACACUGAGUCAGCCACACCAGUCACAACAACAGUCACGCACUCCAACACUGAUUCAGCACAAGCACAACAUCUGCCACGCCUGCAGCAACAACUUCCACGCUUUCAGCAGUCGCUCCGUCAACACCAGUCACAACAGCAUCAAGUCCGUCCACACCGAGAACGGACUUCAUUUUCCGCACAGGUCGACCAUCACAGACGCGGCCAAUGCAGUCACAGCUAA